AUGCCGCGAUUGUUUUGCAUCGUUGUCGGUACCGGGCGUCCUUUCUCCGUGACCAUCCCCGAGGACAAGUCCGUCGGCAUGCUCAAGGAUAAGAUUGCGAUCAAAGCGAUGUACCAAUUCCCAGCCGACAAGAUGGAUCUCUUCAUGGCGAAGGAUGGUACCGGGUUCUCCUGCAAAGCCGCAGCAGCAGUGACACUCGCCGACCUCCAAGACUAUGCCUCGCAAUUGUUCUGCGUCGUUGUCGGAGGUACAGGGUGUCCUUUCCCCGUGACAAUCGGCGAGGACGAGACCGUCGGUGUGCUCAAGGACAAGAUUGCGAUCAAAGCGAUGUACCAAUUCCCAGCCGACGAGAUGGAUCUCUUCAUGGCGAAGGAUGGUACCGGGUUCUCCUGCGAAACCGCAGCAGCAGUGACACUAGCCGACCUCCAAGACGUCCAACGCUUCAAGGCGAUGGGGCCAACGAUCUCGAUUAAGAAAGCGUUUGGAGGCACAUUCCCAUCAAACGAAGAAGAAGUCUACGUGUUCGCGGUCGCCCCCGAACAACCCGCCGCAAGCUCCGCGGCGUCGCUUGUCGAGAUCGCUGAGGGCGUAUGCAAGAAACACAAGAGAGACGAAGACGAGGGCUCCCUGUCGAUUUCAAAGCUGACGUUUCCGAAAAUCACAGAGUUGGGGUAUUCCAUGAAAGGGUGGAUGUUGCCGCCGGUGGACGGCGUCCCGCGGCAGAAUAUUCCAGACUUCGAAUGGAUGGACGGUGUGAAUGAGACCGACUCGAGGAACGUUCAAAGGUACAAGGACUGCGUUGCGUAUAUGCUGCGGGACUUUCCGCAACUCAUGAUCACAACCACGGUUCACCUCGGCCUCAGCACCCCGUGGGCGAAUCCCGACGCAGACUCACGGGGGCCCCCGACUUUGGUGAUGGUGAUCGAGCUGAAAAAACAUGACACGCUGUCGGUCGCCAAUAUCGCUCAGACGGCGAGAUACUUGCUGGCAGCGCAUACCCUCUUCGAUAAGCAAGCAUAUCGACCUACUCCCGUCGGCGUGUUGACGAAUCUGCAGGACGAAUGGCUUCUUUGCUGGGUAGACCGGAACGGCGAAGUUUGUAUGAUGACCAUGGACAGGGACCACCAGAAACUGACCCGCGAGACUGCGUGGCAGUACAUUCGAAAGCAUUGCGAAUACGUCAACUCGGUCCUCCGAGAAGAACUGGCGGCGGGGGGUACCCUCGUAGACGACCUACAAGCUCUGAAACUUUUCCCCGUGUUUGGGGAUACCAAUACCAUGGGGGGCCAGGUAAGGAAGUUUGCGCCCCUCGAGUAUGAAGACAACAUGGCCGAUGUGCUGGAAACCGAAGAAGAGGUCCUCCUCUAUCAGAUGUACAAGCGACUGCAACGCACGACGGCCUUUGAUAUGCCGUAUGCGGCCAUGUACUCAUAG